UCGAGGACGGUCGGCUCGUUCGAGGAGGUCGAGAGAGUCUAGAGGCAGAAAACGUUGGACUACAGCGAGUACGUGAGUCAGUCGAGCUCCGAUGCGCUGAGCGAUAGCACGAGCCUAGGAGCGAUCUAGCGAUCUGGCAAUUGGCCGCGGGUAAUUGAAGUUUGGACUUCGAUUACAAUUUCCGAAAAAAAGAAUUCCAAACUUUUUCAUCAUACGAAAUUCACCACCGAUCGGAUUACGCGACGAGUGUAAACGUAAAUGAAAAGAUAAAAACGUGGUUUCAAGAGUUUUUUUUUUUCAUCAACCAAGUGAUUCGUUCGCCGUCAUCAGCCACCGUCGAAGAAGCUUGGAUUAUUUUUACCAUCUACCUGUGCAGUGUGAAAUAAUAUAUAUAAAAUAAAAAGGAAAAAACAUUGUUAAUCCAGAGAGUGAAGAAAAUAACUAGUUAAACUUGAUUAAAGCAAGAUUAUUACGCCUGGUUUCAUCUCUCUGAGACGUGAUAUUAUAUAUACCGUUUAAAUCAUGGUGACCGGGGUUGGUGCUACGAUGCCAACCGGAGGCGUCACGGUGGGCUCUGCACCACAGACCCAACACGUGCCUCAGGAGGCAGGACAACCUCCUGCUCAAACUGCGACUUCAACCACCAGACGAUCCGGAGAAAAUCGACGGAGCAAUAAACCGAUAAUGGAAAAACGUCGUCGAGCUCGGAUAAACAACUGCCUGAAUGAUCUGAAGACCCUGAUACUCGACGCGAUGAAAAAAGACCCAGCGAGACAUUCGAAGCUGGAAAAAGCUGACAUCCUCGAGAUGACUGUGAAGCACCUGGAGACGUUGCAGCGUCAGCAAGUUGCUCUUGCGGCGGCGACAGAUCCGAACGUGCUGAACAAGUUCCGCGCCGGAUUCACGGAAUGCGCGGGAGAAGUCGGCCGGUUCCCAGGCCUCGAGGCGUCGGUGAAACGACGUUUGAUGGCGCAUUUGGCCUCGUGCCUGGGCCCCGUCGACUCGACGACGACGUCGAACGGCCAGAACGGACAACAGCCGGUCCAACCAGCGGCGCCGACGACCCAACUCCAGGUCCAUAUCCUGCCGCAGGUCGACGCCACCCCUAGGAUCCAGGUCCAGCAGUCGAACGGCAUCUUCUUCACGAACGCCAACGGCACGGGACUCCAGUUGGUACCAACGCGCCUUCCCAACGGCGAUAUCGCCCUCGUUUUGCCCGCUGGUGCCAAGGCGACACCCGUCGCAUCCCCGUCGACAUCGCCGGCACCCGCAUCGCCUCUUCCCACCCUGAUACCGAUCCCCCAGAGGACGGCCUCCACCGCAUCUGCAUCCUCGUCAUCUUCCUCGGCCAGCUCGACCUCCACAUCGGCCGGCAGUCCCGUCGCCUUUGAGGCACCACCCCCCGCCUUCAGGGAGCAGAGUUCACCCUUUACCACCACCGCCAGUCACAGGGACGUCGCCACUUCACCGGCGAACGGAUACACCAGCGAUCCUGAGUUCGACCCACGGGUAUACAGCGCACCAUUGCAAAAACCUCUCGCUCUCGUUAUGAGGAAGAGCGUCGUUCCCGAGGUCGAGGACAAGCCAUGGAGACCGUGGUAAGGAGGAGAUAUAUGGAGGAUUUCCCUUAACGCACCUGCAAGAGUCGAGAGAUGAGAGAAAAUCGAUGACUUGGGCUUCCCCGACAAAGACUAAUUGAUCUUCGUUUUUAUUUGUGUUGUUUCUUUUUUUUUUUUUUUGCAUUUUUAAUUUUCAACGAGGAUGAUAUGUAACGACUUAGGGUGUAGAGAUAUAAAGAUGUAGAGAGCGAGUGUGUCUCCGCGAUGUCGGCCAGUAAAAUAAUUAACCUGUUGGGCAGUGCCUUGAACAGUGCCUUUGUUGUAGAUCGUGUAUCUAGAGUUGUUCUGUAUAUAUAGAGAUAUUUGCCACGUGUGGACUUUUACCCGAGACUAUUUGACGAAGGAUAUACGAGUAAGAAGGAAUGAACAUACGAAUGUAUAAUGGUUUGGUUUUUUUUUUUUUUUUUUUUUUUCUUAUUAAUGGUUCAGAAACCCAUUUGAUUGCAAUUCCGUUGAACCUCGACGAUCCGACAAUUUAGAAAUGUAAAUAUAGAAAACGGUAAAGUGUAGGUAUAACGUAUGUUAUUGUACCCCCAUCAACCUCUACGAUAAUUAAACUAUAUAAGUGCCUUACGCAACAAGAAUCACUCAAGUCUUCCAUUAAUAAUAAUUAAUACCUUAUAUGUUUCUUGUGUACGUAAAUCGCAACUGCAGAGAAAGAAAAGUUUAAAUAGAGUAAAAAAUAAAAUGCGUAAUAACGUUGUGUAAAUUAUAAUAGAUGUUUAAGAAUUUUGUAAUUAAUUUGUUAUAAUUAUUCGAUUACACAGUUUAGUGAUGUAAGAAAUUGAGAGAUACGAUGAGAAAAUGUUAACGAAAGAAUAUUGUAGAGGAGAGAUAUAGGUAGAUAAGAAAGAGAGAGCGAGAGAGAGAGAGAGAGAGAGAAAGGACGUAUGUAAGAAUGCUUUAUUUAUAUUUAUGAGUGUAAAAGAUUGAGUUUAUUAUUCCUGUCUAUUAUGACGAUAGAAAAGCACGCUUAUUACAACAAGAGUGUCAAAUAAAUUGAUCUCUUUAUUAAAACCUUUAA